AGCUUUCGGGCAGGGCGGGGCCUGGGCAGGAUAAGGCGAGGGCUCCUGCUGGUACCGGUACUCCCACUGCUGCACAGCAAGGCCCUGCUGCCUGCCUUCAGGCCACGAAGCCAUGUUCUGGGUUCCCUGAUCCCACAGAAGCCCAUGGGGAGCCCCAGACGAGCAACUCUGGUACUGCCUCUUGUACUGCUGCUCUGCCUCUCUGCCUCUUCUGGGAUUGGCUGCCCCCACCUGCCACACUGGAUUACCCGCUGUCUACUGGCCUCUUCCGUGGACAGGAGUUUUCCUGGAAGUUCUGUGCCUAUUCCCUGUCAUUGCAAGUUGGUUCCCCUCCUCUCCACAAAGCCUUGGCAUGUGCAGGUCUGGCACUGGCCCUGCUGUUUGUGCCUGCAUCUGGUGUCAGAUCCCUCAGGCCUUCAGAGGGCCUGGUUCCACCUUCUGCUGCAGAAAUCCAAAAAGUCUUACAAGUUCAAAUUCUCUCAGAGGCACAGGAUGCCAGCAUCUUCUCAGAGGAAGUUGCUAGGUAGCUGUACCCUGUUUGAGAAGGACCAUCACACUUCCAUCCCCUCCCCAGACCUUUCUCAAAAGGGGCUGCGCUCCAAAAGGACCCAACAUUCAGAUCCAGAAGUAGUGGACAGUCUUCCCAGACCAGGUUCACAAAGGAAUGAAGGACCUGAAUUCUCCUUUGAUUUUCUGCCUGAGGCACGGGUUAUUCGGGUCACCAUUCCUCCAGGCCCAGAGGUCAGCAUGCGUCUUUGUCACCAGUGGGCACUGGAGUGUGAAGAGCUAAGCAGUCCCUUUGAUGCACAGUUGCCACAGAUGCCACUAAUCUGCAGACUGACGCUUACCCCAGAAGCCCUCAGCUCUCUUCCUUUAUUCAAUGGUGAUGAUAACUCACAACUUCACUCUGAUAUUAAACACCUAGAACAAAUGGCCACAGAGGAGAGACCCUGUGAAAGGAAAUUUUUCAGUAUAAUCAUUCCUGGGGGCCACACUGCAGACUUGCCUUAUGAAUUUCUUCUGCCCUGUCUGUGUAUGGAGGCAUCCUACCUGCAAGAGGACACUGUGAGGCGCAAAAAAUGUCCCUUCCAGAGCCAGCCUGAAGCCUAUGGCUCAGACUUCUGGAAAUCAGUGCACUUUACUGACUACAGCCAGAGCAAUCAGAUGGUAAUGGCCCUGACACUCCGCUGCCCACUGAAGCUGGAGGCCUCCCUCUGCCAGAGGCAGCACUGGCAUGGCCCCUGUGAAGACCUCCCUAAUGCCACUGCUCAAGAAUCAGAGGGAUGGUAUAUUUUAGAGAAGGUGGACUUGCACCCCCAGCUCUGCUUCAAGUUCUCCUUUGAAAAUAGCAGCCAUGUUGAAUGCCCCCACCAGAGUGGGUCUCUCACAUCCUGGAAUGUGAGCAUGGACAUCCAGGCCCAACAGCUGGUCCUUCACUUCUCCUCGAGGACACAGGCCACCUUCAGUGCUGCCUGGAGCUACCCAGGCCUGAGGCUGGACACCUUGAUUCCCCCUGUGUACAGUGUCAGCCAGACCCAGGGCUCAGGCCCAGUGGCAGUGGACCUCAUCAUUCCCUUCCUGAGGACAGGGGGCUGUGUCCUGGUGUGGAGGUCCGAUGUCCAGUUUGCCUGGAAGCACCUCUUGUGUCCAGAUGUCUCUCACAGACGCCUGGGGCUCUUGACCCUGGCAUUGCUGGGCCUCACCACCCUACUGGGCGUUGUUCUGGUCUUCACCUGCCGGCGCCUACUGCCAGGCCGGGGCCGAGCACAGCCCGUGUUGCUCCUGCACGCAGCGGACUCAGAAGCUCAGCGGCGCCUAGUGGGAGCUUUGGCCGAACUGCUGCGGACAGCGCUGGGCGGCGGGCGCGAUGUGAUCGUGGACCUGUGGGAGGGGACACACGUGGCGCGCGUGGGCCCACUGCCGUGGCUCUGGGCGGCGCAGGCGCGCGUGGCGCGGGAACAGGGCACAGUGCUGCUACUGUGGAGCUGCGGGGGCCCUGGCCCCGCCCAUGACCUGGAUCCUGGCGCGGCAUCCCUGAGCGCCCUGCUACGCGUUGUUCCACGGCAGCUGCUGAUGCUCGCUUACUUCAGUCGCCUCUGCGCCAAAGGUGACAUCCCCCAGCCUUUGCGCGCCCUGCCACGCUACCGCCUGCUCCGAGACCUGCCGCGGCUGCUGCGGGCGCUGGGCGCGCGGCCUUCCACACAAGCCACCAGCUGGGACCACUUAGGGACUCAGCAGUGCUUGCGUGGCCGUCUCAAACUGUGCCGCCAACUAGAACGUGAGGCCGCCAAACUCGCCCGCCAAGGUUCCUCGGGUUUCCACUCCAGUCCCGGUUGUUUAUGGCCACAGUCUGUAGGGGCGCUGGCUGGAACCUCAGAAUGAGCCUUUGGACCUGAAAUUCUUAGGGGACCUCCUGAGAACUAUUGAGAGAAAGGACUUCUAACCCAGGAGGCCUAGCCUGGGCCUCAGGCGGGUCGAGUUUUCUUUUCAGACUUGCCUGCCUCUUACAAGCUCUAGGGGAGAGAAGCACCCUUUAACUGAGAACUCAGACUCAUGUUCUGAUGGAGAGAGGUUUUCGUGCUCCCUAAAGAUCCAGAAAGAGAGCAUGGGCUUGCAGUCUAGGCUGUAGAGGAUGGGGCAAGGGUGGUGGAGGCAGGAGCUGUCCGUCCUUCAGGGGGUUGGGAGAAAAACCCCUUGGGGGCUGGGGAUCUUCCUUUUUUUAGACCCAAGCCCUGCCUAGAGGGAGAAAGAGGGAGGACUCUUGACCAAGGAAAAGUAGCUUUGGCCCUGGGUGACAAGGCUAAAGGUAGAGCAGGAGACUGAGAUCCAGAAAGAUGAAUAAAGGUGAACAUUAUAGAUAAAGGAACACAAUGUGCUUCUCGAGCGUGACUCAGUGGGGGCCUGCAGGGGGGUAGUUCUGUUUCAGUUUGUGAGUCCAAAUCUUCCACAUUCACACCCACACUGUGGACCACACAUUCUCACAAGAAGUGCCUGGGAGGACCAGGCAAUCUCCUGGAUCCUCACGGUGAUUCUUUCAAGAGGAGAGAGGAGAAACAGAGGCUCUGCUAGGUGGUGUAUUCAUCCUCAUGUGACCAGCCAUGGCAGUAGCACAGGCAGGACCUCUGCCUGGCUCUAGGUCCUGGUUUCCUUCCCCCAUACUACACUGGACAGUGGAGAAAAGCCCACUUUCUGGUACCCUUUAGAGCUCCUGUCCCACAAAGGGACAAUGAGAGUCAGGAAAGUGUGUGAAAAGGGACCUGAGGUAUCCCUAAGAGGAAACCCAUUGGCCCUAGGAUCUCAGGUUCACAUGGGAAGUGGAAAUGCCCCAGGAUUGCCCAGCCCUGGGAUGGAUUCAGUUGGAGCCUCCUCCUUAGGGACUCUCAGGAUGAGUAGGAACUCCCUUAUUCAGCCAUGAUACUGCACUGUCCUCCUGGGGGCCCUCCCAGUCAG